UCCUUGUUUGUAAAUUGUGAAAGUAAUUGAGGUUAGAAAUAAUGAUAUCGGUAACGUGCGCCAAGUAUAACCACGUUCUUAUUCAUUAUGAGGUUUAUAUUGUCAAUUUUCUGAUGUAAUAAAAGAGAUUAGUUAGUUAAAUAAACUCUUCUCGAUAUUGGCGUUUAAAUUUGUCACGUGAUGCAUCAUUUGAUGGAAUAAUAGAAAAAAAUCCAUCAUGCUGCGUAUUCUAACCAAACAUUUCACUCUCAUUGAACCGGCAAUUAUAAAAUCAUUUACAGCCAAUGAUUUAUCGAAUAUUCGUCAUCUGUCGAUUCAGCCUUCAAAAAAUGAACUUAAGAGGCGAUUGAAGGCCGAACAGAAAUUGAAGGAAAAAGCAGAGAAAGAAGUGAAAUCGUCAGAGGCGGCAAAAAGUGAGACAGCUGAGAAAAAUUCGGCUUUAAACGAGGAGGAAAUUAGUCCAAAUGAAUAUUUUAAACUUCGUUCAUUGGCUGUUGCGCAAUUGAAAGCAAACGAUGAACAUCCGUAUCCGCAUAAAUUUCAUGUUUCAAUAUCGUUAGAAAAAUUUAUAGAAACAUAUUCGGAGAAAUUGAAGGAUGGCGAUGUACUUGAAAAUGAAGAAUGCAGUAUUGCUGGACGUGUACAUGCGAUUCGUGGAGCUGGUGCUAAAUUAAUAUUCUACGAUCUUCGCGGUGAGGGGACGAAAAUUCAAGUAUUGGCGAAUGCUCGCCGAUUUCCCAAUGAAGAAGAAUUUUUCAAGCAAACGCAAAAAAUUCGUCGCGGCGAUAUUAUUGGUGUCGUUGGAUAUCCGGGUAAAUCGAAGAAAGGUGAAUUUUCCAUUUUACCCAAGAGCAUCACUUUACUGAGUCCAUGUCUUCAUAUGCUUCCUCAUUUGCAUUUUGGAUUGAAGGACAAGGAAACCCGGUUUCGACAGAGAUAUUUGGAUUUGAUUCUCAAUGACAAGACAAGGCAGACCUUUUAUAUUCGUGCGAAAAUAAUAGCUUACAUUCGCAAAUUUUUCGACGAACUUGGAUUUUUGGAGGUGGAAACUCCGAUGAUGAACAUGAUCGCCGGUGGAGCGACAGCCAAACCAUUUGUGACGCAUCACAACGAUCUCAAUAUCGAUCUCUUUAUGAGAAUCGCCCCCGAACUUUAUCACAAGAUGCUUGUCGUGGGAGGAAUCGAUCGCGUCUACGAAAUUGGUAGACAAUUUAGAAAUGAGGGUAUCGAUAUGACGCACAAUCCUGAAUUUACAACUUGUGAAUUUUACAUGGCCUAUGCCGAUUAUAAUGACGUGAUGGUUCUUACUGAGCAAUUACUUUCCGGUAUGGUAAUGAGUAUUCAUGGGAGUUAUAAGGUGGAGUUUCAUCCGAAUGGUGUCGAUGGCGAGAAAUUUUUGAUUGACUUCACACCGCCAUUUAAGCGAGUAUCGAUGAUUAAAACUUUGGAGGAAUUACUUAAAGUUACUCUGCCGAAACCCCAGGACUAUGGAACUCCAGAGGCUAAUAAAAUGCUGAGCGAUCUUUGCAUAAAGCAUGAAGUUGAAUGUCCGGCGCCAAGAACGACAGCUAGAUUACUCGAUAAGCUUGUCGGCGAGUUCAUUGAGGAAAAAUGCAUAAAUCCAACGUUCAUCAUGGAUCAUCCGCAAGUAAUGUCGCCAUUGGCAAAAUGGCAUCGCUCCGAGGAAGGUUUAACGGAGAGAUUUGAAUUGUUUGUCAUGAAAAAGGAGAUUUGCAACGCGUACACGGAAUUAAACGAUCCGGUAGUUCAGCGUGAAAGAUUCGAGCAACAGGCGAAAGACAAAGCAGCAGGAGACGAUGAAGCGCAAUUAGUCGAUGAGACUUUCUGCACAGCUUUAGAAUACGGAUUACCACCGACCGGAGGAUGGGGACUCGGAAUCGAUCGUCUCACCAUGUUUCUUACCGAUUCAAACAACAUAAAGGAAGUAUUAUUCUUCCCUGCAAUGAAACCCGACGACCCAAAUAAACAUAAAGACUCAGAGGAGAAUGAAGUGAGCAAUGCACCAGAAAAAUAACUGGAAAGACAACAGUUGAUAUUUAUAAUAAAGAAAAACGAAUUUUGCUAAUAAAUUCACAAAAAAAGUAA